AUGGCGUCAUCUGGCCCCAACGGCUCGAACAACACCAUUAAGGUGGUUGCGAGGUUCCGACCGCAAAACAAGGUUGAGUUGUCCUCUGGAGGAGAGCCGAUUGUUGAAUUCGAAAAUGAGCAAUCAUGUUACGUUAAUGCCCGUGAUGGCUCUGGAGCCUUCACCUUCGACCGCGUAUUUCCUAUGGACUCGAAACAAACGGAUAUCUUCGACUUCUCGAUUCGGCCCACCGUCGACGAUAUUCUGAAUGGUUAUAAUGGAACGGUCUUCGCUUACGGUCAGACGGGUGCGGGAAAGUCUUACACCAUGAUGGGUUCGGAUAUCGACGAUGAUAUGGGCAAGGGUAUCAUUCCCCGCAUUGUCGAACAGAUCUUCGCCAGCAUCCUCACGAGUCCAAGCAACAUCGAGUACACCGUCCGCGUGAGUUACAUGGAAAUCUACAUGGAACGAAUUCGAGAUCUGCUGGUGCCACACAACGAUAACCUUCCCGUUCACGAGGAGAAAUCGAGAGGUGUCUAUGUCAAGGGUCUGCUGGAGGUGUACGUCUCAAGUGUCCAGGAGGUGUAUGAAGUCAUGCGACGUGGUGGUACAGCAAGAGCGGUUGCAGCGACAAACAUGAACCAGGAAUCCUCUCGGUCCCACUCCAUCUUCGUCAUCACGGUUACACAGAAGAACCUGGAGACCGGCUCCGCGAAGAGCGGACAGCUGUUCUUGGUCGAUCUGGCAGGUAGUGAAAAGGUUGGAAAGACGGGCGCUAGUGGUCAGACGCUCGAAGAAGCGAAGAAGAUCAACAAGAGUUUGAGUGCUCUUGGUAUGGUCAUUAACGCGCUGACAGACGGCAAAUCCACGCAUAUUCCAUACCGUGACUCCAAGCUCACUCGUAUCCUGCAAGAAAGUUUGGGAGGUAACUCGAGAACGACCUUGAUUAUCAACUGCUCUCCCAGCAGCUACAACGAUGCGGAAACCAUCUCCACCCUGCGUUUCGGUGUGCGCGCCAAGGCAAUCAAGAACAAGGCGAAGGUCAACGCCGAAUUGAGCCCUUCGGAACUGAAGGCGCUUCUGCGCAAGGCCCAAAGUCAGAUGACGAAUUUCGAAACAUACAUUUCACAACUCGAGUCUGAAGUACACGUGUGGCGCAGUGGCGAGGCUGUUCCUAAGGAUCGUUGGACCCCCGCCAGAGGGGAUGCUGUGAGCGCCGCGAAGGCCGAGGCUCGUGCGCCACGGCCCGGCACGCCCUCCCGUUUCCAGGACACGCCUCGAUCCGAGACUCCUCGUCCUGAGUCCAGGCUUGGCGACCGCUCUAGUACACCUAGCCUGGUUCUCGAGAAGGACGAGAGAGAGGAGUUCCUUAGACGCGAGAAUGAGCUCCAGGACCAGAUCGCGGAGAAGGAGUCGCACAUUGCGAACGUCGAAAGAGGUCUCCGUGAGGCACGAGAGGAGUUGAGGAGCAUGAAGGAGAACUCCGCCCGCUCAGGCAAAGACAACGAUAAGUUGACGACCGAGGUUAAUGAGCUUCGUAUGCAGUUGGAGAAGGUGUCCUACGAGAGCAAGGAGGCCGCCAUCACUAUGGACAGCCUCCGCGAGGCUAACUCCGAGUUGACCACCGAGUUGGACGACGUUAAGCAGCAGCUUCUCGACGUCCGGAUGAAGGCCAAGGAGACCAGCGCUGCACUGGACGAGAAGGAGAAGAAGAAGGCCGAAAAGAUGGCGAAGAUGAUGGCCGGGUUCGACUUGGGCGGUGACGUGUUCUCCGAUAACGAACGCAAGCUUCAGGACUUGAUCCAGCGGGUCGAUUCCUUGCACAAGGUCAGCGAAGCCGGCGAGACGAUCGCGCCUGACGACCUUAUGGAGCUGCGGGCGAGUCUCCUGGAGACCCAAGGGUUCAUCCGUCAAGCCGAGCUCACGAUGAACGACCGGGGAGAUUUCAAUGAGCUGCAGGACAGCCGUAGAGCGGAAGUUGAGCAGAAGCUGGCGAAUCUCGAGCGGGACUAUGAGAACCUUCUGGAACGGAACCUGGGCGAGGGCGAUGUGGAGGAGAUCCGGGAGCGGUUGGAGAAGGUGUACGUGACCCGGAAGGAGGCCGAAAUGCAGGCAGUCACGGACCUUAGGAACGAGAUUGCACGCAAGGAUGAUGAGCUGGAUAAGCUGCGGCUGUCCCUUGCAGACUCUCAAUCCCGGGUCUCGACCAACGGCGCCGCCGGCAAGAACCUGCAGCAGCAGAUUGCCGACUUCGAUGCCAUGAAGAAGUCGCUCAUGCGCGACCUCCAGAACCGCUGUGAGCGCGUUGUGGAGCUUGAGAUCUCGCUGGACGAUGCUCGGGAGCAGUAUAACAAUGUUCUCCGCUCGUCGAACAACCGGGCUCAGCAGAAGAAGAUGGCGUUCCUGGAACGCAACCUCGAGCAGCUGACUCAUGUGCAGCGGCAGCUGGUAGAACAGAACAGCAGCCUGAAGAAGGAGGUUGCUAUUGCGGAGAGGAAGCUCAUUGCCCGGAACGAGCGGAUUGCGAGCUUGGAGAGCCUGCUCCAGGAGAGCCAGGAGAAACUCACCCAAGCGAAUCACCGAUUUGAAGCCCAACUCACUGCGGUCAAAGAGCGACUCGAAGCUGCGAAGCAGGGCUCUACGAGGGGUCUUCCAAGUAUGGAUGGCAGCGGCGGUUUCAGUUUUGGCGGCUCGAGAAUCGCAAAGCCGCUCCGAGGCGGCGGCGGAGGGAACGAGAGCAGUGCUCCAGUUGCAGGAGUCCAGUCGCAGGAGACUGGGAAGCGUACCAGCUGGUUUUUCGAUCGACGAUGA